AUGGCGUAUAGAAAAUACCCCAGUUUGCCAGUACUUCACACCAAGGGCAACCAUUACGACGUUGGAUACAAUAUAGGAGCGAAUUUUUCCCAGAAUAUUCACAUGUUUUUUCAAAACUCUAAAAAUGUUCAGACGAAAAUCAUGCCGUUUUAUGAUAGUCGUAAAGGAAGAGAAUAUUACGAAGCUUUUUUGAAAGUAACAACGGAUUGCUAUCCUCAGUUUGUAACGGAAGUCAAAGGCAUGUCGGACGGAAGUGGAAUGGUUUUUGAAAAUCUUUUUCUUUUGAACAUGUCAGCCGAGAUCAAAAAUAUUUUGUAUCUUCGAACAGAAGAUCAAGGGUGUAGUACCAUUUUUGUGAAUAGCCCGGAUGUAAAACUCCUAGUUCACAACGAAGACUGUGAUCCCUUGGUCAAACCAUUUGGCUACAUGGUGAACGCCGAAAUUGAUGACGUAGACGGCAAAGAGCGCUUUUUAUCCUUCUGUUAUCCGGGUAUUUUGCCAGGAAAUAGCUACAAUGUGAAUGGCCACGGCACGGUCGUCACUAUAAACGGUCAGUAUCCUGAUGACGUCACUCUUGGAGCGCCACCGAGAUAUUUCCUUAACAGAUCUCUAAUGCGCAUGUCUGAUAUAAUAGACGGUAAGCGUCUAGCUCUUAAUGAAGGCUACGGCUGUGCCUACGCUUUUUGUGCAAACGUUGCGUCCAUAAAAGAUCCGAAGUCGAUGUAUUUUUUAGAAAUUGGACCAGGGAAACAGCGAACUCGCGUUUACAUUCACGAAAUUCGAGAAGGUACUAUUGAUUGCCCGAAUUCCCACUUCCGGUGUAACAAAUACCAAUAUUUAGACGUAAAAGAAGAUGAUUUUCUCCGUAGUUCAGAGAAUCGGACUAAAAGGGCAACGGAAUUUGGACCAAUCUGUAAACUUCAAGACGCACUGGCUAUAUUGGGCGACACCAAAAAUGAACAGUAUCCAAUCUAUCGGACUCCCCGACCCACAGACGCCGGGGAAACCGUGUGUACAGCUGCCAUGGAUCUUUUGGAAAGAACAAUGACUGUAUAUCAUGAUAAUCCAAAAAUUUCUGAAUCUAAUUUUAUUUUUUCACUGAAUUUAAAGUAA